CGGGCGGCGGAGCGCGCGUGCGCAUUGCCGGCGGGCGGAGGGCCGCGGUGCCGCUGAGGGCAGCUUACCAGAAUCCAAAUGGCUCUCUUGCACAGGCAGUUGGGAUUUUCCUUAAGCCAUCUGAGCAACGCAGUCAUCCAGCGACACCUCAGUGUCAGUGGAGCAUGCCGAGCAAUACAGAAACUUACUCGCGUGCGAGUGGUGGACAACAGUGCCUUGGGAAACGCGCCCUACCACCGGCCACCAAAGUGUAUCCACGUGUAUAACAAGACUGGAGUUGGCAAAGUAGGAGAUAAGAUCCUUCUGGCUAUCAAAGGAGAAAAGAAGAAGGCUUUGAUUGUAGGACACAAGAUGCCUGGUCCUCACAUGACGCCUAGGUUUGAUUCUAACAAUGUGGUGCUCAUAGAAGACAACGGAAAUCCGUUAGGAACUAGAAUAAAAACACCCAUACCCUAUAUCCUGCGGCAGAGAGAAGGAGAGUUCUCCAAAGUUUUGGCCAUUGCCCGCAACUUUGUAUGAGAGUUAGAGAUUUCUGUCAAUCCUGUUCAUACCCUUUCCUACAGUACCUGUUCCUUGGUCCUUUUCUAGAAAAAGGUGAAACACGCGGAAGUUGAGGUUAAUUAAGAGUCUCUUUUCCUGUUUAUGACAUACAAACAGCUAAUUUAAAUUCUGAAAUGCCUUGUUUUUCUCCAGAAGAGAAAACAGCAUGUUUGGGAAGUGGUCCUAUACUAACACUGCUCUGCUGGUGUUACUUUGGUCUCCAGUUAUUAAAGUAAGAAGAUGAAAAUCUG